GAAAACGGAUGUCCGCGUACUUCUCGUGUCCCUUAUGAACAGUAAACAGGCAUUAAGCUGUAAACUUUGAGUCAGUGGGCUUUAUUAUAUCAUCUUGAGAUACAAGCAGUGGGUAAGAAGCAGCUGCCAUUUACUGCAACAUCAAGAUGGACGUGAAAGAGGAAACGUGUGAUGUAAACACCAUGGAGAUAAUGACCGUAACUAUUAAGGAGGAGGACGACUGCGAAUGGGAGUUUGUCCAUUCUGAAGAGGAGAGUCUGAGCGUGACAGAUGAAGAUUAUGAACUGGUGACUGUGGGCAUUGAAGAGGAUGAUGCCGAGGGGACGUCUGUCAUCACUGAGACGGGGACUGCUGUUAGAACUCUGGAUGAUCAGCCAUCAUCUUCAAAGCAGUCUGGAGCAACAUUCGUAUCUGGAUCAGAGACUCUGAAGCCGACCACUUUACACAGGCAUUCUCGGCCUGUUGUGGAACUAACCAGAAUAGAUAAAAGGAGCACUCAACAAAAGAUGAACAAUACAAAUUCUCCUGCUUUGUCUGUUUUAGAAGAGAAGAAGAAAAAAUGUAAACUUGAUAAGCAGGGCUGUCCUCCAAGAAAGAAGACACAUUGCUGUAAUGAAUGUGGCAAGUGUUUUAGCUGCAGUAGCCUGCUAGAGAAUCAUAAAAGAGUUCACACUGGAGAGAAGCCAUAUUGCUGUACUGAAUGUGACAAACGAUUCUCACAAAUGAGCCAUCUUCGGACUCACAAAAGAAUUCAUACGGGAGAGAAACCAUAUUGUUGUUCAGAAUGUGGCAAACGAUUCUUACAAAUGAGCUAUCUUCGUAGCCAUGCAAGAAUUCACACUGGAGAGAAACCCUAUUCUUGUAAUGAAUGUGGCAAACAAUAUGUUUACAGUUGCAGUCUUAAAACGCACUUAAGAACUCACAGUGGAGAGAAGCCAUAUUCCUGUACUGAAUGUGGCAAGCAAUUCUCAAUAUUAGGCAAUCUUCAGGCCCACCAAACAAUGCACACUGGAGAGAGGCCAUUUUGUUGUUCAGAAUGCGGAAAAGAUUUCUCCAAGAAAGUUAAUCUUAAGAAACACAAAAGAAUUCACAGUGGAGAAAGGCCAUAUUGCUGUUCUGAAUGUGGUAAACGAUUCUACAGCAGUAGCGUCCUUAGGAGACACAUACGAAUUCACAGUGGAGAGAGGCCAUACUGUUGUCCAGAAUGCGGUAAAGGAUUCACUAGAAAUAGUCAUCUUCAGCUACACACUAGAAUUCAUAAUAGAGAUAAACAACAAUAAUGGUAAAACUAGCAGGUGUCUAUUCUGCCAGAUAGACAUGGAAACAGUUGCUUACUUGUUUACACACAAACAUAAACACAACAACAUUUCCAGAUUUUAUCACUGGAAAAUAAAAGAAUACAACUUGCUAGACCACAGUCUAGACAGAAUAAGAGAAAAUGAAGAGGUGCUGUGACAUACUACUACCAGCUGAUAAUAAAACAGAAGGCAGGAAACCAGUCAGUUGUCAGAGAAAAAUGCUCUGAUAAACCGUGGAUCAUUGCAGUUUCAGGCCGUAGUAAUUCCUCCUUCCUCAGAAUGGAAAGAAAAAAAAUAACCAAGUAUCGAGAAAUGCAAUCUGAAAAGUGCCAGUUGUAAGAUUAAACAACUAAGAUUCUGCCAGUGGUGUUGGGAUCAACAGUUAUUUAAAAAAAUAAUAAUACAUUAGAGUCUCACAUAUCCGACGUCCCACCACAAAUAAAACCCCAAAAACAAGCAUCAAUCAGCAACAAGAACUAAAAGUUGCGAGCAUAGUCAAUUUUUUGUUCCUCACGACUCUACUGCAGCUAAUUACAGUGGAAACUCGGUUUGCGAACAUAAUUUGUUCCGGAAACGUACGCGCAGUCCAAAAGCA